GGACAGGAAAGGCUUGCACCUGACGCUUGAUAGACGGCCGUGAGAGCAGACUAGGAGCUCAAGAGGCAGGAAGUCAUCCUGCGGGAGACAUACGUGGAGAGAAGCAGCGGCCGCUGUUGGAGGAGUGUUUUAUAGUUUACAGUAUUUCACCUCCUUGCAAGUAUUUCACCUCCUUGGGUUUGUUCCUUUAUAGUGUCCUGUAGAAAUCUGCAGGUAGCUGUUCAGUUUGAAUUUGAUUAAGAAAGAAGACGAAAACUAUUCAUUUGGAUCCAAGGUCUGCCUGUGAGUUGGCUAAAGGGCUUAUCAACACUGGAAGCAAGAAAGGAGGAGAAAAUUGCACCAGAUCAGUGCAGGUCUAUCUCCAGCGGUGGUUGUGGUGGUCUUGGAGUGACAGAAGAUCAGCACCAUCAACCCAGUAAAAGAAUAUUAAGACACUGUCCUGGGACAUAUUGAGAACCAAGGCCAAGACUGUAUAGAGCUACCUAUAUAACCGGGCUUCAACCAUGGCUAGGGUUAAGAAUGCGAGUAGAAAGAAUAGGAAUAGAAAGAAUGAGAGUAAAAAGAAGGCCAAAACUGAAAAAAGGGCUGGUUUAGAAGCUGAAGCCAAGACGGAGGCUACUGGCGUAGUCAGAUCUGUAGCCAAGACCCAGGCCAAAGCAAUAGCCAAGGCAAGGCCUCAGGAAGAUGCAAUGGCAGAGGUGAAGGUAGCAUCUAAGAACAAGGUUGUUACUGAGAUGAAGGAGGCAGCUUUGGCAGAUUUCAGUCCCAAAGCUGAAGAUGAGGCCACUAUAGCAUCUCGGUUUUGUUCUGUGGCUGAGGCUAGUGCUGAGUCCAGGUCUCCAUGUAAAGAUAAGACUGGUAUUGAUACCUGGUUUUGGGCUGGGGAAGAAGCCAGUGUUGGUUCCUGGUUCUGGAAUGGAGAAGACGCUGGUAAUCGUUUCAGUGCUAAGGAAGAAGGUAAAGCUGAUAUUGGUCCCCCAUCCUGUGCUGAGAAUUUGGAGCCUGUGGCUGGGGCCAACUGCAAGGCUAGGCCAGGGGCUGAGGAGGAAGAGGAGGAGAAUGUUAUUGGGAGCUGGUUUUGGGAUGGAGAUGAAACUAGUUUUGACCCUAACCCUAGACCUGUGAGCAGGAUAAUUAAGCCCCAGCCUGUGGAUAAAAUUAAUGAAAAAGAUAGGCCCAAGGACUGGUCUGAGGUAACUAUCUGGCCUAAAGCUCCUGCUGUAACUCCAGCAGUGUUAGGCUUUAGAUCCCAAGUCUCAUUUGAGAAAAAGCCUCCUUCAUAUGUUGUCUUGGCCUCCGCUGAGGAAAAGACUCGUUCUUUGCCUGUGGCAACAGUGGCAAGCGCUUCUAGGAGCACUCCCUCAAGCUCAAAGCCUGUCUCUGAGUACCCGUUUGGUUCUGACCCUUGCAUCCAGACCAUAGAGGAGAUUAGACGCCAAAUCAGGAUCAGGGAGGUGAAUGGGAUUAAGCCAUUUGCUUGCCCUUGCAAAAUGGAAUGCUACAUGGAUUCUGAGGAGUUUGAAAAACUUGUUACCUUACUUAAGUCAACUACUGAUCCUCUCAUUCAUAAAAUAGCUCAAAUUGCAAUGGGGAUCAUUAAUGUUCAUCCAUUUGCCCAAGAGUUUAUUAAUGAGGUAGGUGUAGUGACACUUAUUGAAAGCUUGCUCAAUUUUCCUUCCUCUGAAAUGAGAAAAAAGGCUGUAAUUACUCUGAAUCCCCCCUCUGGGGAUGAAAGACAGCGCAGGGUUGAAUUACAUGUUAAGCAUAUGUGUAAGGAAACCAUGUCUUUUCCCUUGAACUCACCUGGACAGCAAUCUGGAUUAAAGAUACUAGGACAACUGACUACUGAUUCUAACCAUCACCACAUUGUUGCCAAUUACUUUUCAGAGCUUUUCCAUUUGCUGUCCUUGGGAAAUCGUAAAACCAGAAAUCUUGUUUUGAAAGUACUUUUGAAUAUGUCUGAAAAUCCAACUGCAGCCAGAGACAUGAUCAAUACAAAGGCAUUAGCAGCAUUAAAACUCAUCUUUAACCAAAAAGAGGCAAAAGCCAAUCUCGUUAGUGCUGUGGCCAUAUUUAUUAACAUAAAGGAGCAUAUCAGAAAAGGCUCAAUUGUAGUUGUUGAUCACUUGAGUUAUAAUACACUCAUGGCCAUUUUCCGUGAAGUUAAAGUUAUCAUCGAAACAAUGUGAAAUAAAAUAGAAAUAAAAGAGAAUGCUUUGAACAAUCUCCAAACUCUAAAAGGCUGUGUGUUCCCAAAGAUCCAUGCAUAAUGUUUUGGUUAUUACAGUGUGCAUGUUAUAAAUUACAUCUUUAGCACAAUAUUACCUGUGACAGUCUAGGUCUGAGCUAGACCAUUUUGCGGUAUCAAAUUAAUAUUUCGCCGUGAGUUGAAAACAUCUGUUGAUUAUUCUCUUGUGUAGAUGGGGAGCUUUUUAACAUUUUACUUAAGGUAACAAACUGGUACAUCGUAAGUAAGGUAAUUUGUUCAUUAGUAUCUGCUUAGAUCCAUUUGCAGCUUCAAAUGAUUAAAAAAGAUAAUGUCCUUGAAUUUAUAAUCUAGUUGUAGAAACAAGGCAUAUACAUAGAAAAAGAUAUCUAAUGGUACACGUACAUUCAUGUAUACCUAUAUGUACACACACACACUCAUUGCCAAAUGUACACUCUCAAUACAUAAAGAAGGCACGGUUGCUACAGGCUGUUUAAUGUAAAAUGAAUUACUGCUUUUCCCCUAUUCUACCUGCAUCAGAUAACUCAUUCUACAACACACAAAUGGCCCUGAAUUUCAGAUAAAAUGUAAUAUUCAUUUUUUAUCUUGCUACUACAUUUAUAACUCUUAUAUUGUUAGGCUGUUUCAUUUCUGUCAAGUCGUCUUGCUGAAGAGAAAGGAGGUAGGUGUAGGGGGGAAACAUUUCCUAAGUACCUACUCUUAUGUCAGGUACUUUGUUGGCACUGUGUUUUACAGGUUUCCUCUUCUCAACAAUGGUUCUCUGAGCUACAUACUGGUAUUUUUUUUCUGAUUAUAACUCAUUAUUCUGGAUUGCCUCCAGUGACAAUUAGGGAGAUUAAAUACUUUUUCCUAGAUUCCCACAGCAGGCAAGUGGCAUAGCUGUUUUGUCUGGUGUCAAAACCCACUCUCAUUGCACUCCCUUAUAGUCCUGUUCCACUUUUUUGUGUAGUGGCCUUCAAGGCUCACAGACUGGUUUUAAUGAUUCAAUUUUGCUGUAGAUAAUGUCCCUGCCAGUCUUGAAAUUCUUAACUUCCUCUAAAUGCACAUGUCCAUUAGGCAUUUGGCUAAAGCUUGCUGGAGACAGAAGAAAAGUCUGGGAUGAGUGUGUGAAUUUGAACUGGCAGUGUCUGGGAAACAGUAGGUGCCCAAAACUGUUGAAUGAAUGAGUUGUAGAUUUGGAGUCAAAGACUUGAAAUUUGCUGUGUGUCCUUCCUAUCUUCUUCAAUCUGUACAUACUUCCCCCCUCACCCCACCCCCCACCGCCAAAGAACUGGAAUCAUUCUGUGCAUUGUUUUAUACCUUACAUUUUAAAGGAUAAUUGCUUUCUUCCUCCUUGCAAAAUUAUACCUUGUUUACCAUUUAUAAUUUAUUUUGCUGUGUGUCAUAUGAAAAGAUAAAUGGUUCUUUUACUAGUAGGCAAGCCUGCUCUGCAUUUGUACCAGCUAAAACUGUACAGGAUAACUUAAUUGGAGAAAUUUAGGCCCAGACCAAGAACUGCAGCAUCAUUAACACAAAACAGGAAAGCUUGGAGAGAAACUGCUGCCUCAGUCUACAUGAUAGUAAUUUCUGGAAGUCUGUGGUCCAGAAAGCAUUCCCAGGACUUGGGCUAUAGCUGUAUUUUCUAAGACUCAUGGUAGGAAUUACAACCCCUGGUCUGAGCUGCAGAGAAUGUCUCAGUGUGUAAAAAUAUUGGGUUAUAUGCUUUGAGAUUUUUAAACAGUUAAGAAACUAAAACAAGAUCAUACUGUAAAUACUGUUUGUAACUUGCCUUUCCUCUCACUACCUGUAUGUUGUCACCAUCUUUCCAUAUCAAUAAAUAGGC